AUGGCACAAAGGAUUAUCCGAUCUGUAACUCAAAUAUUCUUUGCUUGGGAAAAGUAUUGCCCAGACAUUGACUUAACAAUCAACAGUGUAAGAAAACGAGAACAAUGCUUUUCCCCCCUAAAUACAGCAAUAACAGCGUGGACUGAAGAGGUGGCCGUGACUGUAACACCUGCCAGCACAGCCCAGCAAAGUAACUGGACAGUUAACAAAACAGAAGCUGACUACACAGAAGGACCUGUAGCCUUGAAGUUCUCACAUCCUUGCUUGGAAGACCAUAACAGCUACUGCAUCAAUGGUGUUUGUGCAUUUCACCACGAGCUAAAGAAAGCCAUCUGCAGGUGUUUUACUGGUUAUACUGGAGAAAGGUGUGAGCACUUGACCUUAACUUCAUAUGCUGUGGAUUCUUAUGAAAAAUACAUUGCCAUUGGGAUUGGCGUUGGAUUACUAUUAAGUGGUUUUCUUGCCAUUUUUUACUGCUACUUAAGAAAGAGGUGUCUAAAACUGAAAUCACCUUACAACAUCUGUUCUGGAGGGAGACCACUGUGAGGCCUUUGUAAGAAUGUUUCAUCAAGGAAUUUAUAAACCUCGGUGAGCCCAAAAUUGAAAUCUUCAAAUGAAAUGGCAACACUUCCAAGAUGACUUGUCUCAAAAUAAUGGAAGUUGGGACCACCACGAAAUAAGGGGAUAAAACUCAACCUUGGUCUUUAGACUUUACCGUCAUUGGGAUGACAUGGAAGCCACGUGAUCAAGAUAGAAUGGUAGAAGUCAAAUUCGGAGGUCUACUCUGGGUUUGCCGUGGUGGUGUGGUUACUGUUCUCACCACGGAAAGACAGUGUCACGCUUCUGACCAUAUCAGUUGGGAGAGUUUCCAUGGGAAUAAUGAUCAACCUUGAAGCAAGCUGAAGCAAUGCCAAACGUGGGCUCUUCAUGCACUUGCUACCCUGUAUCCUAGACCACCUAGAUGGGGCCUCUCUAAGUCUAUUUGCCCAAAUGUGCUGCUUUCAUGGUGCCCAAAAGAAUGUAGCGUCAACUUUUAGAAUGAGAUCAGUAUUAUGGCAUCUCCAGUGAAACAGACUUGUGUCUUAAACGGAAGCCAUUUAAAAGAAAAUGGAAUAUUCAAGGCAAACACAAAUCAUACCUAACUUGUGACAAUACUGUGCAGCCUUUAUCUGUGAAAUAAGAAAUAAGCUAAAGAUUUCUGCAGACUGACAGCUAUCUGGAUAUCGAGUCUGGAGUAAGCAAAGCAUUUCUUUUCCACAUGGAUUAUACGACUUUGUGUUGGACUUACUGUUUCCCUAAUGACACUCCCUUCUACUACGGGUGGAAUUAUCUGGUGACCAUUCAUUCAAAAAAUCCUAGAAUUCUUCUAAUGAUUACAAGCUUAUAACUGGUUGUGAUAUAGAAACUGAAGAACUGGAUGUAGAAACUUUUUAUCAGCCAACAGCAUAUGAAAACUUUAUCAUUUCUGAACACUUGAUAACUGAUCUGCACCAGAGAGAAAAAAAAUGGAGCACUGGUAGAAAUAACUGGAAAUCAGAGUACUUUUCUUUAAUUAUGUUUCCGCCAUAUAAUUUUAAUAGUCUGCAGGAAAUUUAGUUUAUUUGGGCUUUGGUUUCAUUUUCUACAAGGCCCUUGUAGCUUUAAAAUUUGACAGUGGGAAACUUUUCCCCCCCAUAUCUGCACUGUAGGUAAGAUUAUUCUCAACACCUCCACCUUCAAAGCCACCUCUAAUCCCAAAACA